GGUGGUUUUCAGCGACCGAAACAAAAAAAGCAAAAACGAAGCCACGGGCAGUAACAUUUUCGUAAAUUUUUGCUUUCUUUCAAUAGUUUUGGGCAAAAAAUAGUGGAAAAUUUAUAUCAAUUAGUGAAGCGCAUUCACAACUUUGCGAACAAAAGAUUAUGCUGCAAUUUGAAAUCAACUAGGUACCUCGAAAAGUUUCAGACACAAUCCCCUUCUAGUUCGGUUGAGUAGUUAUACAACACCCCUUUGCUCACUGUGCAGGGAAGAGAAAGUGGUACAGAUAAAAAAAAAUGUCAAUCGGAAAGUGUCGCCUGUGUCUGAUGGGUUGUCCCGUUACGUACGUCGAGGACGAAGAGCUGCGCUGGGUGGUUGAUAAGAUUUUCUACUUCAAGAUUUUCCGGAACCCGGGGGAUGUGGCAUUGGUUUGUGAAACCUGCAGGGAAACUGUGACUGGCUUUCACGAGUACGCGGAGAGUGUAUGGAGUAAUCAGCAGUUCUUGCGAGCCAGCGCGGUGCCGUCUACCAGUAAGGGUAUCGUCACCAAGCCUGAUCCCGAUGGAGAUCAUGUUGCCAAGAGGGAAAGGGAAGAAGACGAGGAAGAGCCACCCCUGCCGGUGGCAUACCUGGAAACGAGUAUGGCCAAUGAGGAUGAGUCCCUGGAGGAUGAUGAUGAGGAAGCGGAUUACAAAGGUGAUCGGGAAUGGAUGGUUCCGGAGGAUGAUGAUGAUCUAGAGGAGGGAGAUGAGAGCGGAGAUGAAGCAAUUACGAGUGAUCCGAUUAAGUCCGAGAAGAAGGUCAAACGCGCUGUGUUUGAAAUGGAUCAGGACAUGGAAGACGUGGAAUACUUGGAAGAUGAAGUGCAGCCGAAGAAACAGCGUACUCCUAAAGUAAAGAAAUCUGGCCCUAGUAAGCCAGUCGUUACGAAGGUAGUUGAGAGUCCUAAAACGGAAUUAGAAGAGCAACUAUUGCAGCAUUAUAACUUGUUGUGCGAUUUGUGCGGUCAGCCGUUGAGUGGAUUUGCCGAGCUGAUGAGACAUUUCAAGAACAUCCACAAUCAACCAGGAUAUUUGAACUGCUGCAACAAGAAAAUUACGAAGAAAUGCUGGAUGAUUGAGCAUAUUCAGGUUCACCUGAAUCCGGACAUAUUUCAUUGCGCCAUCUGUCGGAAGAGUUACAGCUCCAGUCGAGUGCUCAAAGAGCACACAAAAGAGGUUCACACUCCGAAUGAGGAGCGUUCUAUAAAGUGCGAAACGUGUCAUAAGCCGUUUGCAACGCAGCGGGCUCUUAGCGCUCAUUUGAUGGUGUCGCACGGAUCGGUUCCAUGUCCCGAAUGCCACAAGCUGUUGGCGUCGCAAGGAUCCCUCAAGAAGCACAUGGUUAUGAUGCAUGGCGAGGGGGAACAGCAUGUGUGCGACGUUUGCGCCCGGGUGUUCCGCUCCAAGCCGUGCUUCGACAAGCACGUCAAAAUGCAUCUCGGAACGUUCGAGGUGGAACGGGUCCAGUGCACGUUGUGUCUGGCCUGGCUCACCAACAAGUACUGCCUGAGACAGCACAUGCGCCGAAUUCACACCAACGCGGACGAGGUGGUUUCCUGUGAGAUUUGCGGCCGAGCACAGCGGAAUCAGGUUAUGCUGCGGCACCACAUGACCCGGGCCCAUGGCGAGAGUCGCUUCGAGUGCGACGUGUGCUUCAAGAAGUUCAAGCGACCACAUCACAUGAGAGAACACAAAGCGAUUCACCACACCGGCGAGGAUCUAUACGGUUGCGAUUACUGCCCCGAGCGGUUCAACAACAAGAACAAGCAGUGUCUGCACCGGAAGACCUGCCAUCCGGUCGAGUUCGAAGAGGAGAUGCGUCGCCGGGCCAUGAAAGACGUGUAGAGAUUCAGACUUGAAACGUAUUUAACAACAAUAUUUUAAGCUACUUACAAUGUGAAUUCACAGUUUAAUAAAUUAUAGUACAUACCUACAUCGUAAA